AUGGCACCCAGAGUGAUUGUAGUCGGUGGUGGCCUAUCCGGUUUGAGUGCUGCGCAUACCAUUUACCUAGCUGGUGGCAAUGUUGUUGUUCUGGAUAAACAAGCCUUCUUCGGUGGAAAUUCAACAAAGGCCACCUCCGGUAUCAAUGGAGCACUUACCCGAACCCAAGUCGACCAGAAGAUCCAAGACAGCGUCAAGCAAUUUUACGAUGACACACUGAAAUCAGCAAGAGAUAAGGCGAGACCGGAUUUGAUCAAGGUCUUGACAUACAAAUCUGCCGCCGCUGUUGAGUGGCUUCAAGAUGUAUUCGGGCUAGAUUUGACCCUCGUAUCACGGCUAGGUGGUCACUCACAUCCUAGAACUCACCGUGGCCAUGACGCGAAAUUCCCCGGUAUGGCCAUAACAUAUGCUUUAAUGCAAAGACUAGAGGAACUCGCUGAAAACGAGCCCGAACGUGUACAAAUUAUUAAAAAGGCACGAGUUACUGGGAUAAAGAAGGAGGGGAACAAGAUCAGCGGCGUUAAUUAUGAAUUCGGUGGCGAACCUUCAUUUGUUGAGGGGCCAGUCAUUUUGGCCACUGGUGGAUAUGCAGCAGAUUUCACAGAAACAUCCCUACUUAAGAAACACAGACCUGAUACUUACGACCUGGCAUCUACCAAUGGUGUACACGCCACUGGUGACGGUCAAAAGAUGGUCAUGGCCAUUGGUGGCAAUGGAAUUGAUAUGGACAAAGUCCAAGUACAUCCAACAGGUCUUGUUGAUCCUAAGGAUCCUGGAUCUAAGUGGAAGUUCUUGGCUGCCGAGGCUCUCCGUGGUGAAGGAGGUCUCCUCCUGAACGGUGACGGUGAUCGUUUCUGUGAUGAACUUGGCCACAGGGAUUACGUUUCUGGUGAAAUGUGGAAAGAGAAAGACAAUGGAAAAUUCCCCGUCCGUCUCAUUCUCAACUCGAAAGCAUCAAAUGUUCUCGACUUUCAUACACGUCAUUACUCUGGUCGUGGCCUCAUGAAGAAGAUGACUGGUAAGGAACUCGCAAAGGAGAUUGGUUGUACACCAGAUCAUCUGCAGGGAACCUUCAAGAAAUACAACAAAAUUGCCGAAGGCAAAGAGAAGGACCCAUAUGGCAAGAAGUUCUUUCACAAUGGACCCGUAGAUAUCGAUGAUGACUUUCACGUUGCUGUCAUGGAGCCAGUUCUCCAUUUCACAAUGGGUGGUAUUGAGAUCAACGCAGAUGCACAAAUUCUCAACCAGGAAGGCAAACCAUUUGAAGGUCUAUAUGCUUGUGGUGAGCUAGCAGGAGGUGUUCACGGUGCUAAUCGUCUUGGAGGAUCAUCUUUACUUGGAUGUGUCGUAUACGGACGUGUCGCUGGUGAUACUGCUAGCAACUACCUUUUCCAAAAUGCCUUGAAAGGCAAUCUCGGCUCUGCAUCACGUCUUGGUCAAAUCUCCCUUCAUAUCGACCCAUCACAACCCGGCAAGAUUUCCGUAGAAUGGGAUAGCCAAUCUUCCGGCACUGGUGAUAAAAUUGCCCAACAAUCCCAAACAUCAGCUGGCCCCGUCAUGAAAGAAGGAGCAGACUCGUCUGAUCCGGGGAAAGUUAGCAAGCCAACCAAACCAUCCGAGUUCAAGAUUCCUGAAAAGGAAUUCACCAUGGAUGAGGUAGCGAAACAUAACAAGAAAGAAGAUUUAUGGGUUGUGGUCAAGGGCGUCGUUAUGGAUGUAUCAGAUUGGUUAGAUGAGCAUCCAGGUGGCCCACAAGCACUCAUGAAUUUUAUGGGCAGAGAUGCUUCGGAGGAGUUUGAGAUGUUGCAUGAUGAUGAGGUUAUCCCCAAGUAUGCUGCUAGUCAGGUUAUUGGGAGGGUCAAGGGUGUUACACCUACUCUGGAAUUCUGA